AGAGAGAGAGAGAGAGAGAGAGAGAGAGAGAGAGAGAGAGAGAGAGAGAGAGAGAGAGAAAUAAGGAGACAGGGAGAGAGAGAGAAAGAGAGAGAGAGAGAGAGAGAGAGAGAGAGAGAGAGAGAGAGGGAGAGGGAGAAAUAAGGAGAGAGACGGAGAGAGAGAGAGAAAAACACACACCAAAUGCUGCACACUCCAUAGGUGGCACUAAGGAAUGGCACAUCAACGCUGAGCUUUAGGUUUGCAAAAGGAAAAUCAUUCUGAACCAGCUUGCCUGAAGAGAGGAUUCUGCUGAUAAAAAACAAACAUGUCUGCAAAGGAACGGCAAAAAAUGAGAGUUACAAAAGACAGCGUUACCUUACUCCCAUGUUUUUAUUUUGUAGAGCUGCCUAUCCUGGCAUCAUCGGUGGUCAGUCUCUACUUUCUGGAAUUAACGGACGUCUUUAAACCAGUUCAUUCAGGUUUUAGCUGCUAUGACAGAAGCCUUAGUAUGCCCUAUAUUGAACCUACUCAAGAAUCCAUCCCAUUUCUGAUGUUGCUUUGUUUGGCGUUUGCAGGACCGGCUGCGACAAUAAUGGUGGGUGAAGGUGUCCUGUAUUGUUGCCUGUCUAAGCGGAGAAAUGGGAUUGGAGCAGAAGCAAAUAUCAAUGCCGGAGGAUGCAACUUUAAUUCCUUUCUAAGAAGAGCAGUUAGGUUCAUAGGUGUCCAUGUAUUUGGACUUUGCUCUACAGCUCUAAUUACUGAUAUUAUCCAACUUUCCACUGGCUACCAGACCCCUUACUUCCUGACAGUCUGCAAACCCAACUACACAACUCUAAAUGUAUCCUGCAAAGAAAAUCCAUAUGUGUUAGAAGACAUUUGCUCUGGACAAGACCUUGCUGUCAUUAACGCUGGCAGAAAAUCAUUCCCUUCUCAACAUGCCACCCUGGCAGCAUUCGCAGCUGUUUACAUUUCUAUGUACUUCAAUGCAACAUUAACUGAUUCCUCCAAGUUAUUGAAACCAUUGCUGGUGUUCUCCUUUAUAAUAUGUGGGAUUAUAUGUGGUCUGACUCGGAUCACUCAAUACAAAAAUCAUCCCAUUGAUGUUUACAGUGGCUUUCUCUUGGGUGGGGGAAUAGCUUUAUACUUGGGCCUUUAUGCUGUUGGAAACUUUCAGCCCAGUGAAGACAACAUUCCCCAGAAACCUCCUCCUCCUCCACUCAGAGAGCCAUUAAGGUCAUUAACAGACCUCAGUCAAGACACCAGCAGAAUAUUACCAGGGAAAAAUGGCAGUAGUAGUGAUGGCAUCUCUUCCCAUCCUUCUGAAUGUAUAUUGACCAGAAAUAAUCGAGAGUCAGGCUCAUUGACAAAUAUUAAGAGAGCAAGUACAGAUGUAGAAGUUAUAACACCCCGAAGUCCCAUGGGCAAGGAAAACAUGGUCACAUUCAGCAAUACUCUUCCCAGAGUACAUACUUCAUCAUUAGAAGACCCAGUUAGGAGAAAUGCAACUAUUCAUGCAUCCAUGGAUUCAGCACGUUCAAAGCAACUUUUAUCUCAAUGGAAAACUAAAAAUGAAAGUCGUAAGCUGUCCCUGCAGGUAAUUGAAACUGAGGGUGGACUUUCACCACAAAGAGUGAUAGAAAUGAGGUCCAGCUCUGAGCCUGUGAGGGUCGGAGUCAACGGAGACCAUAUUGGCCCAGGGAAUCCAUACUUUAAAUUACAACCCGGUAGUGUGCCAGGCUGCAACAAUACUGGUAUUCCUGGUGGACCUAGAGUGUCUAUACAGUCACGACCUGGGUCAUCUCAAUUAGUACAUAUCCCAGAAGAAACUCAUGAAAAUAUUAUAAAUACAUCUCCUAAAUGCAGUUCUGCUAGAUCAAAAUGGCUUAAGGUGGCAGAAAAAAGUGUUCCUUGCCGAAGUAAUAGUCAGCCAAGGAUAAUGCAGGUCAUAGCUAUGUCAAAGCAACAAGGUAUGCUUCAAGGUAGUCCAAAAAGUUCAGAGGGGAGUACAGUAAGUUGCACUGGAUCCAUCAGGUAUAAGGCCCUUAUGGAACAUGAACCAACAAAUAUUGUGCGGAUUGAAGCCCACCCUGAAAACAACAGACCAAUUAUCCAGAUGCCUUUAGAAGGGGAAGGGAGUGGCUCAUGGAAGUGGAAAGCUCCUGAGAAAGGAAGUUUGCGUCAAGCUUAUGAGCUGAAUGACCUCAACAGAGACUCUGAAAGCUGCGAGUCGUUAAAAGACACUUUUGGGACUGCUGACAGAAAAAGAAGCAAUAUUGACAAUGAUCACCUUCUUCAUGGAAUAACCACAAUACGAGUGACACCAGUAGAAGGAAGUGAAAUUGGCUCAGAAACUGUAUCCAUUUCAUCAAGUCGUGACUCUACUUUAAGAAGAAAAGGCAACAUAAUUUUGAUCCCAGAGAGGAGUAACAGCCCAGAAAGCACUCGGAAUAUCUUCUACAAAGGAACAUCACCAACACGCACCUACAAAGAGUGAAACAAUAAGUAAUGUUUCCAUUGGUUUAUACUGGAGUCAAUUCUAUUUGAUAAAGCUUGUGCUCUAAUUAGUUUGGAGAAAAAGCAGAAAAUGAUCUUACAUGUGCCAAAAUUACAAAUGCUCAGAUGGACUGUGGUUAAACUUUACUGAUGUAGACAUUAAAUCCUAAACUUGUGCAGAAUGGGACAAAAUAAAAGCACAAUGCAAAGAAAUCAAACCAAUGUGAAGGAAUAAAAGCAUCAUACAAUCAGUUUCUUUAAACACAAAUGACUAUAAGAAGUAAAGAGAUAUAGUUAGAAACAGAACAGUGGUACUUAGACACUUUAUUUCAUGAAUGUGCCAACUUUGAUGUUUCUUAAUCUAUAAAAUUAUUGUUUUCACCACAAAAAUAGCAAAGAUUUUUUUUUCUAAUGUAAAAUAGAUAUAUAUUUGCAGAUUAUGCACUAACAUGUUGAGAGGUGGCGCUUGUUAAAUCUAGCUAGCAAAUCUGCACAAGUACAUAAUGUAGUUCUUUUGACCGUUCAGUUGCUUCUGCUAGGGCGGUAAUGACCGCCUUUGUACAGAAUACGACAUUCAGCUCUAUUAUUGUGGAAUAAUCACACUUGACUUGCCAUAAUUUUGUGCAGACCUGUCCUCACGGUUUACUUUGACAAAGUUUGAGUGUGAUACACUUACAAUGGUAUAAUUGUUUUAUUUUAUUAGUUCUUCUAUAACCUGCUUAUUAUUCAAAGUUCAGAUUGUACUCCAGAAAAGGUGCUCAGUAGUGAGACAUUCAUGCACUGUGGAUGUCUUGCCACUUUCCAUGAUUGUUCCUCUUUUCAUAAGCUCAUAAACACAGGGUUUAAUGUUUUUGAGAAGUAGACCUAAGCCUUCAAGGUUCAUUGAUUCUUUGACAUAAACUAAUAUAUUUUAUACAGAACACUGCCUGAACAAGUUAUGGAGAGUUAUGAAAAUAUUUUAUAUUCUGAGACAAAAUGUUCUUAAAAGAUGAAUAUACAGAGUAGUAAUAAAAUGGUAGUACAUAUUGACGGAGACAGUUUACACAGAGGAAAAUGUGGAAGGUAGGUACAAAGAGCCACAGGAGAAAGGUCAGUGAUCUCUGAUGAAUAUGACUAAUUUUGGGAAAUGGAAUGCUUGUCUCAGUUGGUCAUUUUUGUGCGAGCAGUAGUAUACCCAAAAGGUUCUACUGGAUUGUCUCAAAAACACAGACCAGAAGCAAAUGAUUCCUGCACUUUAAAAAAAAAUAAUUUUAUUAUCAAACACUGUCUCACAGGAUUGGCUAAAAAUCAGAAUGCAACUUAAGUGGACACUUAUGACAUCUAUAGCUUACACAUUGGGUGUAAGAAUUAUGUCUACAAGGAAUCAAGGAUAAUUAGUUUUCCUUGAAAUUGACACUAUUACUUAUACCUAUUCAUUAAUAGGUAUAAAUGGAACAAGAACAAAUUAAUGUGACAACCACCACUGUUAAAUUCUAAAUACAGUGCAAGACAAAAAUAUAUAUUGGCCCCUUUUGUCACGUUCAUUCAUCUCAUCAAUUAUCCCUUAUUUAAGGGGGGUUUAUAAGGUUAUUCUAAAAUCUAAUUUGAGAAAAUGUAAAUCUCAGUACAGUGUAUCAGGUAUGUGACUUUUUUCUACUCGAACUUUCCAAAGUCUUAAACAUGAUUUCUGAUUGUUUCAGUAAUCCCUGAAACUGUGCUCUUUACAUGGACUUUGUUCAUGUAAAUCAUUUUAUACUUAAAGUGCCAAAAUCUACUUUUCUUUCUUUUUUUUUUGUCUUUUCUUUUUUUUUUUUUAUAGUGGGAGUAAAAUAAUAUAAAAAUAGGAUAUUGUGAAAAAUCAAUUAAAAAAACAAACAGUUAUUUCAAAUAGACACCUGCAUGAAUAUUUGAUAAGAUAAAAUGCCUUUUGUAAAUGUCACAUUUGUUUACAUUAUACUAAUACCUUAAUUUCAAAACAAUCAAGUAUCAGAUGACAUCUUUUUAAAUUUCUAAUUUUCUUACUAAAGGGGCACUAAUUUCUUUGUGAGGCUGUGCUUUACUGAAUAAAUACUAUAAAAUAUGACUAUGUUUUUCAACAAGAAGACCUGUAUGUAAAGUAUUGUGUUUAAUAAAAUGUUAUGCAAAUGUUUUCAAAAUUGAAAAAUUUGUAAAUUGCUAUAAAUGUAUUUUAUCAAUGCUACUGUGUGAGUUUAUUGUGUAAAACAUCACAAAAAAAUAAAGAUACAAUCUAUAAUA